GCUGCUGAGAAAUGUAUAAGCUAACGGACCAAACAUUGAAUUCUUCAGAGCCUGGUGGUCAGCAUUCCUCAUACAAAGCAAAUAUGAGACCCCCAUUAGUUACUUCUAAAAUAAGUUUCUUUAUUCUUUAAGUAUGCAAGGGAAGUACUGGUGACAAAUCAGACACAGUUCCAGUGAGAAAUGUGGAAUUGUCUGGAGAGAGUGGAGAAAACUUACGGAAGAAUAUUAGGAAAGUAAGACUAAAAUAGCAGCUGAAAUAACAGCCACAGCGGCCUGUGUAAAUAUUUGCACAGUAAGAUAACGAAUGAAAGACGUUGCAGGAAUUGAAGAUGAGUCCCACACAAAAUAAGUGGGGGGGAAAAUACUUUUUUAUUUAUUAAGGGAUACGUGAGCGCGAAUUUUGAAUGAAAAAAGGCUUUUGACUAUAAUUUUCUUUGGCUGAACAUGUGGAGCAGGAGCACUGUCAGUGUCUUUUAUUUCAGAUGAUGCUGUAGGCAUACAGGACACAGUGAUCAAGACAGACUGAAGAUCUACUGGUUAUAGUUGGUAGAUGGCACACACACACAUAUAUAUAUAUAUAUAAUUAUAUAUAUACAGAUACAUAAAAGACAAGGUUUAAAACGACACAUUCAUCAGGUUUAACAGUCUGUCAAAGUGAAACUGCCUAAUAUUUUAGCUGAUCCAGAGGAAGGCAAAAUUUCCUAUCUAAUGCACUCGGGGUGGGGCUCAGUGUAACUUCUAUAGGGAAAUCAGAUCAGUCCCCUUUUUAUAAAGCUAAGCACAUUAUCCACAUGUACUCCAAGGCCAGUCUCCAUCGGGGAUUCACCAAGCGCCUGGGUGAGAAUGAGCUACCUCAGCGGGUGAAGGAUGAUGACACAUUCAAGCUUCUGCUUAGACAAGUGGAGAAACAGGUACAGAAGAUCGAGCAGAAAUACGAGAUGCAAGCAGAUAAGAUGAUGAGAGCAGCAGCAAAGGAUGUGCACAGGUUACGAGGGCAGAGCAGCAAGGAGCCUUUGGAGGUGCAGUCAUUCAGGUGAGUCUAAUGAAAUACACCUAUGGGAUUUGUAUUAUGUAAAGUGCUGUAUUACUAUAUGCCUCAGGGUGUUAUGCCAGGAGAACCCAGAAUGUACACAAGGGAUAUAAGAGGAAUUAAAAUAGGCUUUCACUGAAGUUUGGCCCUGCUUAUUGUAUAGUUCUUUACACCUCUAUGCCAUGUGCGACUAUAAAAAUACAUUUUAAAAAAU